AUUUUGACUAUGGUGGCGUUGAUGUUUCUGAUGCUGAUGUCUACAGAAACAGCGCGUGGACGUGUCUUUUCCGCUUAGAAAACCAAGAUGGCUCGUGGACCGAAAAAGCAUUUGAAGCGUCUUAAUGCACCGAAAGCAUGGAUGCUGGACAAACUUGGGGGUGUUUAUGCUCCGCGACCAUCCACAGGUCCACAUAAAUUGAGAGAGUCUCUUCCUCUCGUAAUUUUUCUCCGAAACCGAUUGAAAUAUGCAUUAACCAAUUCAGAAGUAACAAAAAUUGUAAUGCAGAGAUUGAUUAAAGUUGAUGGGAAAGUGAGAACUGAUCCCAAUUAUCCUGCCGGUUACAUGGAUGUCAUUACAAUCAACAAGACCGGUGAAUACUUCCGACUUAUCUAUGAUGUUAAAGGACGUUUUACCACUCACCGAAUUUCAGCAGAAGAAGCUAAGUACAAACUGUGCAAGGUAAAACGCGUUCAAACUGGACCGAAGGGAAUCCCAUUUUUGGUAACACACGACGGAAGGACAAUUCGUUACCCAGAUCCCCUCAUCAAGGUUAAUGACACUAUCCAUCUGGAUAUUGCGUCAGGCAAAAUCUUAGAUUCCAUACGGUUUGAUUCAGGUAAUCUUUGCAUGAUCACUGGUGGGAGGAAUUUAGGGCGCGUCGGCACGGUCGUCAGCCGCGAACGUCAUCCCGGGUCAUUUGAUAUUUGCCAUAUUAAAGACUCACAGGGACACACCUUUGCUACGAGGUUGAACAACGUAUUCAUCAUCGGCAAGGGUACUAAAUCGUACAUUAGCUUGCCCAGAGACAAGGGUGUUAAGCUAUCGAUUGCCGAAGAGCGCGACAGGAGAUUAGCAGCGAAGGGAGUUAAUUAAUGUAAAUUUGCAAGAAAAAUAUUUAAUAAACCGAGAAGUUCUUGGCGAAUAAAAAUAUU